UUUCCAUCCCCCUCCUCUCUUCCCUUUCCCCCUUCCUUCAUCUGCUCUCCUCCUCCCCCCCCCUUGCCCCUGCCCUCGCUCUCGCCCUCGCCCUCGCCCGACCACCAGCCCAGGUAUCCGAAACAUCCGCCUGAGGGACGCAAUGAACAAGACCUCCGCCACCGCCUAUACCAACCGGCUUUUCAUGCUGGAAUCUUGCAAGCGCAAGGUUCGGAUUGAUGGCCGGAGCGUGUAUGAGCCGCGUGCUUUGAAGAUUUCCUUCGUCGGGUCGCCAGUCGUCGACCAAGUGGCCCUGGACGCCGCGGCCCGUGACGACACCUCCCUGGAUCCGCUCAAUGACCUGUCUGUCCCGGCCGCGGUCGACUGCCAGUGGCAGCGUGGCCAUGCCGAAGCUCGUGUUGGCCAAACCGUUGUCAUUGCCCGGGUCUCGGCCACCAUCAUCACCCCCACCAUCGACCGCCCGGCCGAGGGUACCUUCGCCGUCAACUGCGACAUCCCGGCGGACAUGCCCCCGACCAUUCCCGCGAGCCAGGUCCAGCGCCUGGUUGACCGGGCCAUCAGCGAGACCCGUGUCAUCGACACCACCCAGCUGUGCAUCGAGGUUGGCACCAAGGUCCUGGCCAUUCGCGUGGACAUCCGCGUUCUGAAUGAUGAUGGAUCACUGGUAGACGCGGCCACAUGCGCGGCCAUCGCGGCCCUUCUGCACUUCCGUCGUCCGGCCUUCUCGGUCAAUGAUGCCGGGUCGGUGGUCAUCCAUCCCCCGACCGAGCGCGCCCCCCUGCCGCUAAGCAUCCACCACACGCCACUGGCUUUGUCGUUUGCCUUCCUGCGCGGCUCGUCUGAUAUGAUCCUCGACCCCAGCUCCAAGGAGGAGGAGCUCACCCUGCAGCCGCCCCUGGUCAAGCCCACCAACUUGAUCAAUAUGUUCUCCAUGAUGGCGCACAAGCCUCUCACCCCGGCGGCCGAGAACCCCAAGUCCGAUGCCGAGUCCGUGGCCGACAAUGACUCCGAGGGCGCCAUCCUGACGGUGGUGGUCAAUCGGCAAAAUGAAGUGUGCCUGGUGGUCAAGCCUGGUGGCGCGCCGGUUGCCCCGGCGACCGUGCUCCACGCCUCGAGGCUGGCCCUCACCGUGGUGGCCGAUCGCCUGGAGGUCAUCCGCAAUGCCAUCCUGGCCGACCGCCUUGCUCGCAAGGUCCAAGCCCGCCUCGAUUGCCAGUAGUGGACUCCUUCAUCUCGCGUAGCCCGAGAGAGGAAGAGGGGAGUCCCCCCUUUUUCUUUGUUUUUCCUCCCUUGUUUGAUGGUGUCCCGUGGCUCUCUGGGAUGUCUUCUUCCUCCUUGGCUUCGCCCCUCAAUCAGUCGCGGGAAGCAAUACACACAUUUCGAAAUA